AAACAUAGAAAUAAUUAAUGAAUAAAAAAGGUCACAAACAAAAGGACGGAAUAAAUAGGGUGAUAGAAGUGCCAGGUGGAGGAAUUAAAUCCUGAGUAGAAGUCAAAACAUACUCCCAAUGUAAGUUUAGCUAAUAAAGCUUUUAUGGGCAUGCAUGUGUUUAAAGAUUGUUAGCUAUUUGCUGUUUUGUUGCUUCUUUACUUCCUUUUUUUUUUAUUUUUUGAGAGGAAAAUUAAAUAAAUAAAGUUUACAUUACAUUUUUAGUGGUUCUUUCAACCCUCUCUACUACUCAUUACUCGUACUAUAUAUCUUCCCAGGUCAAAACUCUUAAAACACAAAUAAAAACACUAUCCUUUUAUUUUUUCUCUCUCCUUAAAACAAUCUUAUAUUUUAAUUUUCUCCUAGAGAGGUAUGGAAGGCGGAGAAGAAUGUAGCAGCAACGAGUCGGGUUGGACCAAGUAUAUUGAUCCAAGCGAGAAUUAUAACUACAGCGGGGUUGAUGAUGACGACGAUGAUGAACUCCAUCGUCGUCAUCAUCAACAUCAUCAUCUUCAUCAUCAUCAUCGUCAGACUUACAAAUAUAAAAAAAAUAAGGAUGAUGAUGAUGAAGAUGAUGAUUCUUUUACUUCGGAUGCAUCAUCAGGUCCGGGUCUUUACCAUGACGCCGAACCUGAAAACCAACACCACCACCACCACCACCAUCAACAACAAGGGAAGAAAUCUAGCAAAGAAGUGAAGGAAAAGAAGAAUCAUACAACAAAAUAUGGUAGUGGAAAAGGAAAGGAAACUACAAAUAAACCAAGUAGUACUACUUUUGUUUUGAAACAAAGAAAAGGUAAGAAAUAAAAACCAAAUUAGUUAUUUUAAUUUACUUGUUAGAUUAGGUAGGGGGAGUUGGUAAAAAGGUUGGGUUAAGGGUAAAGACCAAAUAUCAAAUUUGUAGGCAACUUUUUUCCUUUGCAAUUAAGUUUAUAUUAUAUUUUAUUUAGAAAGAAGGAGAAAAAAAAAAUUCCUGCUUGUUAGUUUUGCUUUGUUUUGUUUUAACAGCAAGAAUUUCGCCUGCAUCCACUGAUGUGUGAUUUUCUGUUUUUGUAAUUGUUUCAAUCCAUAUAAUAUGUGUGUACUUA